AUGGGCGUACAGGGAUUUGUUGCAGGUAUCAAACCUGUGGCUUUUGAUCCUACACAACACGAACAUGUUAUCGAGAAAGGAUUCUGCAAUAUUUGUCAGAUUCAUGUGGAGGAGAAGACGAAGCACUGCCGUCGAUGUAACGUCUGUAUCGAAGUUUUCGACCAUCAUUGUAUCUGGUUGAACAACUGCAUCGGUAAAAAGAACUAUAGGUAA